AUGUGGGGGUUUCCUGGGAAGAAGCAUGGCAAGGAGCGUGUUCACUUGAAGCUGGAGGACAUGCUCGCCGAGGUUCUGGGCGCGCGCGACGCAGCACCGGACGGCAAGCGGCAAGAGGAGUCGUCACCGAGCGCAGCCAAGGAGGAGCGGAGCGACGGCGUCGCGGAAUCGGGAACGCAGUACCAUCAGCACAUCGUCGACAGCUCGGACAAGUUCCUUCUCGACGUACAGGACACGAUCGACAAGUUCGGGGAGGCGGCGGAGCGCGAGGUCUCGCGGUGGAACCGGAAGGCCCGAGAAGCCCAUGACAAGCACCGCCAACUGGCGGAGAAGUCCGCGAGAGAGGUCUUCGGCAAGGUCUACCAGCAGUUCCUCGACCAAGCCGGCGCCGCGUCCCCAGAGAUCCGCGCCCGCGGCCGCGUCAUCGGAGAUAUGAUCCUGGAUGAGCUGUACUCGAGCAUUUUGGGGAUGGAGCGGCGGAAGCCAGCGCAGAAAGCGGAGGCCGCUGUGGCGCCGAGUGGCGGGCCGGAGCGGGUGUCGACGCAGCCGCAGGAGGGCGGGCAGUACCUGGGGCGUGCGGCGGACGGCGAGGCGGAGUGGCUGGCGGAGCCGUCGGACUGGGAGUCCCAGGCUCAGAAGUUGCACGGAGAUAGGGAUUCGAGGACUAAGAACGGCGGGGCGAGCAAGGGCGAGAAGGGCGCGGGGGGCGGCGGGGAGGGGGCGGGCGAAGGGGCGCAAGGGGUCGAUGGCGGGAAGGAGGAAGACACGCCACUACUAUUUAAUAUGGUCGCACCGUGGACGGAUCCUGUCCUCGGACCCUUCGUGGAAGGGCUGUGGGAGCCGUUCGACGAGCAGGUGCAGGGCAUCAAGCGUACAAUCGUGGUGGCGGGCGCGACGCUCAGCGUGACGUGUCUCGCCACGGGCUUCUUCCUGGGGUACCUCAAGGGGCGCAGCGACAGGAAUAACAAGUAG